UUUUACUGCACAACCCGACCGACGUACGACGUACAGCAGUUAGAGGCCCGAGAGCUCCGUCGCACACAAAUCUUUCGUCUUCACACAAACGCCCAGCAGCAGCAGCAGCAGAAGCUCAAUCAACCAUCAAUAUGAAGUUUUUAGUCACCAUCGCCGCCCUCUGCCUGUGCCUGGCGUACGUCACGGGCCAGCAGUACUUUUUGGGACAGUUCCCGAGUCGUGCCCGCUUUGGAUUUGAUCCCCUGUCCCUCGCCCAGCCUUCAUCUGCCACACAACAAGUGCGGGAUCCGCGACAGAACAGAGGCCCCGUUGUGUUCCCCCCAUCCCCGCCAGAUGCAGUGGACGAGUCCAGCGGCGUGGUUGUGGGUGCCUCCGGCUAUGGCUUUGUGCCGCCCCAGCAAACGGCGGCGAUAGUGGCAGCAGCAGCAGCAGCAGCAGUGGCGGAUCCAACCUUCUUUAGCACCAGUUUCCAGACACCGGACACUUCCUAUGCGACAUAUAACUACUUCAGUAAUCCAUACACCACAAGGUUUAGAUACUUUUGAUGCGGACGCGUGAUGAGUGACGAAGAAGAACCAUCUAGAGUCAUGUUGUGUAGUCAGUAGCUGAAGGAACAGAACUGGAAGCAGGAGACGACGAGGAGUAGGAGCAAGAGCUGGAGACUAGAUACAAUUCUUUUGUAAAUAAAUGUGUUAACUUUA